AUGGCUAAGAAGGAGGAACAAAAGAAGAAGCCUGUGACUUCUGAUGAGCGUUUUAAAUCUGUUCACAAUGAUCCUAGAUUUAAAUUACCCAGUCUGAAGGAUUUCAAGGUCAAAGUUGAUGAUCGUUUUAACAAGAAAGUGUUGCAAAAGUUAAACUCUAAUAGCUCUGGAAGAAAAACUAAGAUUGACAGAUAUGGUAGAAAGAUAGAAGAAAAAACCGUAUCUUUGGAUAAAUAUUAUGAGGAUGAAGAGGAAGGUAGUGAAGAGGAAAAUGCCCCAAAGAAGAACAAGAAGGAUGUUGAAGAAAGUGAGGACGAGGAAGGAGAUAAUGAUGACGAUGACGAUGACGAUGACGAUGACGAUGACGAAGACGAAGACGAUGACGAUGACGAUGACGAUGACGAAUCUAUUAGUUUGUUAGAUCGUGCUAGAGGUGAAGGAUACGAUUCUAACAAUUUGGAUACUACAGAUGAUUCUGCCUCUGAUUCUGAUUCUGAUUCUGAAUCCGAUUCUGAUGCUGAAGUAGAUGCCUUAGAAGAGGAAGGAGAAUCUGAUAUUGAAAUCGAAGAACUGAAUCCCGAAGAAGGUGAUCCCUCUGACACAUUCGCCGUAGUUAACAUGGAUUGGGAUAACUUAUCAGCCGUUGAUUUGAUGGCCACUUUUGUUUCCUUUGUUCCUACUGGAGGUUCUAUUAAAUCUGUCACAAUUUAUCCUUCUGAGUUUGGUAAAGAACAGAUGCAAAAGGAGGAAAUUGAAGGUCCUCCUAAGGAUUUAUUCAAGAGCAAGAAUAAGAAGAAAGACGAUGAAGAUUCUUCUGAUUCUGAUGAUGAUCUUGAUGUUAACAAUCCAGAUGAUUUUGCCAGAGCAACCCGUAAGUUGUAUGAAGAAGAGGAUGGGAAGGAAGAUUAUGAUAGUAAGGCAUUGAGAAGAUACCAGUUACAGAGAUUGAGAUACUAUUAUGCUGUUGUAAGUUGUGACUCUAUCUCUACUGCAAAGGCUAUAUACGAUAACUGUGAUGGAACUGAAUUUGAGGCAACUGCCAAUAUAUUUGAUUUGAGAUAUGUUCCAGAAGGCAUGGAUUUUACUGAUAAUGAACCUAAGGAAACUUGUACUAAAGUUCCUUCAAAUUACAGACCUCAAGCGACAUUUGUCACCGAUGCAUUACAACAUUCUAAAGUUAAGUUGACUUGGGAUGAAACCCCUAAGGAAAGAAUACAAUUAUCCACUAGACUGUUUUCACAAAAUGAAAUUGAUGAUAUGGACUUUAAAGCAUAUUUGGCAUCUGAUACUGAAGAUGAAGAUGAUCAAGCGGUUGCUGGAGAUAAGUAUAAAAACUUAUUAGGAGGACUUUCAUUGGGAGGUAAGAAGAGCGUGUCUAAGGAUAAAGAGAAUGAAGAUAGCGAAGAUGAUGUUGAUAUGGAAAUCACAUUCACACCAGGGUUGGAUGAAAAUGCCAAGAGCGAGCACAAGAAAGAAGAAGAGGCUACUGAAGAAUCUACCAUUGAAGCUUAUAGAAGAAAAGAGAAGGAGCGUCGUAAGAGAAGGAUGGAAAAGUUCAAGCAACAGGAUAAGGAAGAUGAUAAUGAUGAUGAUGGUGUCGAGGAUGAUGAUUCUAAGAAACUGAAGGCAAAGAAGGAUAAGACGGAUAAGAAGAAGAAAAACUCCAAGGAAGACGCAAAGAAAAAAGCAGAAUUAGAGUUGAUCAUGAUGAAUGAAGAAGACGGUGAUUCCAAAUCAGAGCAUUUUAGCAUGAAGGAUGUUAUUAAGGCAGAAAAGGCAAAGAAUAAAAAGGGUAGAAAGAACAAGGCUAAGAAUGUUGAUGAAGAAAUGACUCAAGAUAAUUUUGAAGUGGAUUUAAAUGAUCCUCGUUUCAAGCAAGUGUUUGAAAGUCACGAAUACUCAAUUGACCCUACAUCCAGUGAGUUCAAGAAGACAGAAACAAUGAAGAAGAUCAUGAAGGAACGUUCAAAGAGACUGCAUCGAGAUGAUGGUUCCCGUAAAUCCAAGAAAGCUAAGGUCAAUCAAUCUGUGACUUCUGAUAACCAACUAUCAUCCUUAGUUACAAAGUUGAAGAAUAAGAAUCGUCGAUAG